AUGACCACCACUACUUACCGUUAUCGCCCUACCACCUACCACAGCAAACGCCACCACCACCUACCACCGCCACCACCACUACUACCACCUACUGCCACCACCACCUAUACCCACUACCACAAUCACCUACUGCUAUCCCCCACCACUUACCACCUUAACCGUCAUCGCCACCUACCGCUGCCACCCACCACCCACCACCUACCAACAUUACCGCCACCACCUCGCACCUAUCGCCACCGCCACCACAACCACCACCACCUACCGCUACCCCGCCUCCACCACACAGUUCCACCCCUACCACCACUACCAACCACCACAUAUGGCUCCUAA